AUGGGCCUCGGACAAUCGAAGCCUUUGGGUUGUGCGUGCGGCAGUUCACUUUUCUCCGGGGAUGCAGGUGUCCCAAGAACUCGUAAAGCCCUCCCCAAUGGAGCUCGAUUCAUUUCUACAUUUAAGAUUGGGCAUAGCAAACCCCUGAGCAAAAGCUGUACGUGA